UUUGCGCGGAUUGGUACGUUUGACGCUGUGUAGAGCGGAUUAUUACGUUAUGAUAAAUGGUAAAUUUUUUACGGGCUUACCGCCCGGUAUGAUAGAACGUACUCGAGGUACAAAUCGCUUGGAAUCGCAUUUAUUUUGGCCGGAUGAUACAAAAUUAGAAUCAGCCGUGGAGAAUCGUGUAAGACGUAGAGCAAGUUUACAACUUGGAGAAGUUGAGAGACCACGUCUUAGGACGCAAACAUCUAUGGAUUUAGAUGAUGUUGAUACUAAAAAACGAUUUCACAAAGAGUUUGCAAAAUCCUCUAUACAAUUCUAUGAUAAUAUAGCAGAAGAAGGUGAACAACAUUAUAAUCCACCAGCGCGCAGAAAUAAUAAGAGUUUAAAAAAAGAGAUCACAUUAAAACCAACUGCCACAAAAUUCGAUUUACCUGAUGAGGAAUAUAAUACUGCUUUAAAGAAAAAACAGACACUUAGUUCAAAGAUACAAUUCUAUGAUUUCAUAGAUGAUGAUAGGCACAAUCGUAAUAAUAUCAGAAGACCGAAAAUGGAUAUGAAUGAUAAAAAGGAAGUUGAACGUAAUAAUAAAAAUAGUCCUAAAUUGCAAAAUAAGCGUAAUGUCCGUAUACUCAGUGGAGGUGAAGAGCCAGAAGUGAAUAGAGAAUUUAUUAAGGAACAAAAUACACCAGAGAGAAGUCAAAAUUAUGAAAGUGAUUAUGAAGUAGAUGAGAAUUUUAGAAGAGGACGAGAUAAUUAUGAAAGACCGGCAAGUAAAAGUAUUGCGAAAAAUAGAGAAAACUCACAUAUGUCACAACAAGUGAUACGAAAUACAAUGGAGGAACGAAGAGGUAAGGCAGCAGCAACCAGAAAUAGCGAUAGAGUUUACAAUGAACAAGAAGACGAAUUUGAAGUUCCAACAUAUUCAAGAAAUAUGAAUGUGCAAUCUAGACAAAAUAAUAUGCCUAAAAAAAUACUUAAAAAUUCAAGAGGAAUGCGUGAAGAAUUCAAUGAUUUUGGUACAGGAGAAAUAACUGACUAUAUAGAUGAAGAUUUAAGGAGUAUGCGCAUAAGAACAUCUCCAAAGAAACAUGUUAGCUAUGAAGAUGAAGUCUAUGAGCAGGAAAGUGUUUAUCAUGAGCCAAGAGUUAAUGAUGUAGCCACAUAUAGACGCAAUAAUUAUAGAACUUCCUCCUCAGCCUCUAAUGGUUAUAAUAAAUCUCCUUAUAUGAAAACAGGAAGCAGUCAACAACGCCAACAAUUUGUAUCUAAUAAUACAGAUUUUGAUUAUGAAAAUGCAGAUUACGAUCAAUAUAUGGAAACUGGUAAUGAAAUUACCACACAAGCACAACAAUCAUCAUUAAAGAAUAAUAACUACAACAACAAUGACAACAACAACAAGAGAAACCAUAACCACAACUAUAGCAAUAACAAUAACAAUAAAGUUAAACUUAAUAAUCAAACACAAUCAUCGCGGAAAAUCACACCAAAAUUGUCAGCAACACCAGUAAAAGCUUCAAUAAAAACAACAACAACAACAGCAGAUACCACAACAACAUUUAAUGAUGCUGAUACGUAUUCAGAUGCCGACGUAGCAGCGUUGGAUGGUAAAAAGCACUUGCGCAGCAGCAUUUGCUUUAGUGGCGGCGAAAUAGUUGCUAAUAACAUCGUCGAUACAAAAACUCCCACUUCGAAUAAUCGACGCAGCAGUGCGCGCAGCAUCUCUGCCUCUCAACGUAUUAGUGUGGGCUUACCAGAUUGAGCGCAGUUCACUUUGCUACGUUGUUUAUAUUGCAUUGUUGUAUUGUGUUGUAUGCUGUCAUGUUAAUAAGAGUUAACUAAGAGUUAACUAAGAGUUAACAAAGGGUUACGGGUUAAGGUGGAAUUUCUUGUUAAGUUGCAAAUUGAAGUAAACGUGUUCGUGUGUUUGUUUGUUUGUGUGUGUGUGUGUGUUUAGAUAUUGCACUUAAAAUGUAACAAAUUAAUUAAGAUUUGAAUAUUGUUUAGUUUGUAUGAAUAAAUGUGUGUGUGUGUGAGAAUAUAUAUGCAAUUUUGUUAAUGUAACGAAUUCAUUAAACAAUUUCAAGUGCUGCAAAUGCUAAUUUCGUUUCUGUUUUCUUUGUUUAUUGAUUUUUCUG